CUAGGCAGGCCGGUGGUGCUCCACAGGCAAAACUCAGGCACCUCGGAGAUCGUCAACCACAAGGACCGGGUGGAGAUGAAGCUGGACGUACAGCACUUUACACCAGACGAGCUCAAGGUCAAGAUCUCGGACGGCAAGGUGGUGGUCGAGGCCAAGCACGAGGAGAAGGCGGACGAGCACGGCUGCGUGUCGCGCCAGUUUACGCGCAAGUACGAGCUGCCCGAGGAUGCCGAUGAGGACGCCGUGGUGUCCCACCUCAGCAAGGAAGGUGUCCUCACCAUCACGGCGCCGCGCAAGGUUCCCGAGCAGCCGAGCAAGCCGGAGAAGUCGGUGCCGCUCAAGGUGGACAAGGAGGAGAAGAAGGCGGAGAAGAAGUGAGAGGUGUGGUGUCCCGGACCUGGUGGAAGGACCCUGAGGGCGGUAAAGCGAUUUGGGUUGUCACUCAGCGACCGAACUUGAUAUUCUACGGCGGAAGAUCGUGGUUCACAUCGCAGUCUGGCAUCACUCUGCACCGGUGCCAGUGCACAAGCCGUCAGAUCAAAGCAGUGAUAUACCGCCUGUGACACAUACUUGGCACUUGCAGCCGAUCGUAAAUAUUGAUAAGCUGUGUGGAGGGCAGGAAUCGGCUGAGAAAAUGUUUGUAACAAGCGAAAAAUGUGUUGCUUUCGUUAAGGCAGACGGAAAAAUAAACAACGGAGAACCAAUGCAACGUAA